AUGGGAGAGCCAGAGUCGCUCCGGGUGCUGCUGCUGGGGAAGCAGGGCUGUGGGAAGAGCAGUCUGGCCAACCUCCUCCUGGGGGAGUCUGUGUUCAGUGGGGCCUCGGGUCGGGCUCAGAGGUGUGAGUGGCUCAGUGCUCUGCUGCAGUGUGCUCCAGGACCUCAUGCUGUUCUGCUGGUGAUGUCGGUGCAGAGAUACACCUGCCAAGAGGAGGCCGUGGUGCGGCGAGUGCGGACACUGUGUGGAGACCAGGUGUUUGGCUUCCUCACGGUGGUCUUCACUCACGGGGACCAGCUUCCAGAGGACAUGCACAUGGUUCAGUUUGUGGAGCAGAGUGCAGGGCUGACAGAGCUGGUCCAGGCCUGCGGGGGGCGCUGUCACGUGGUCGACAACAAGUACUGGAACCGAGAGCCUCCGGAAGAUUCUUAUCGCAGCAACGCCUUCCAGGUGCAAAAGAAGAAGAGGCCUGGGGUUUGGGGUGAAAAUCCAGUGUUUUUCCACAGUGUGAGAGAAUGA